UAUGUUUGCAUUAGUUACAGGAGCUGAAGCAGCAUGGAUUGCAGAUAUAUUAAUAGAAUUAGUUCCACUAUUGGCCAAUUCUAUUACUUCUUUGGUAAGGUUAUCAGACGCAUAGCAAACACAAGGAAUCGAUUUAUUAUAAUAAUAAGAAUUAGAAUUACAAAGGGGUCAAUUUUGUAAACAAAUAUUAUAUAAUAAUCAACCCAUUAAUGAUAUAUAAUUGUCAGAAGUGAUGAAUGAUUAAAUAAUUCAAAUAGAUAGAUGUUGUUAAUCUGUUUGGUAAUAUAUUCCAUCAGGUAUUGCAACCAUUUUUACAUGGGCAUUAAGUGGACAAGCUAUGAGGCAUGAAUUUGUUAUAAUAGACACAUAGAAUCAUAUAUGCUGUAUUGAAUUAGUGAAAGAUAGAGGAGAUUAACAACAAGAAAUUUAAAAAUUAAUUUUCAGCAUAUAUGGAUUAGAAACACAAGAUUAAAGAAAAAUUAAAAGAGAAUAAAUACUUCAAAAUAGAUCAUAUGAUAGAGUUUUAAGUUCAAUAAAUCUUAAGCAUUAAUUAUAUUUGAGCCAAAUAAAUUAUUUUUCAAAUUUGCUUUUAAUUUGUUGGAGAAAGAUAUAUUAGAAUAGCAGUAAAACAACUAGUUUUUUAAAUCUAUUUUAAAAAAUGAGUAAAUAAUAUGCAAGAUCUAUUUAUUAUUUUUCAGAAGAGAGGACAGAUUAUGAUAUUGUGCUUUAAUCAAUUUUUGGAAUUUUUACUGAUAAACCACUUUAUCUUCCAAGAUUAGAUAUGAUUGCAAUUGAAAAAUUAUUUUGGCAUGGAUCAUAAAUAUCUGAUUAAAUGAGAAAUUCAAUUAAUAAUUUUAUCAGGUUAGUAUCAUCUAUUAGAAACAGAAUAGACUUUUCUUAAACCUAAAUUGAUUGA